UAUAUUUUUGUUAACAAUAAAGUACAGUUCACUUAAUUUCGCUUUUCAUUGAUAAUUUAUUAGGAAAAUUGUUAAUUUUCGUUGCGUGUGUGCUCGAAAUAUUCGAACAAAAGUUAAGAAGUUGUAAAAAUAAGUAAAACUGGGUGCGGAUCUCUUCUUUGCUUAAUUCUUUUUUUUUUCGUUUAUUGCUGGAUUUGGUUGGUGUGCUCGGGCUCGCCGUUUGCCGUUUUGUUCGAAAAAAAAAACUCAAUCCACGACAACGACAAACAAUUAAGAAGAAAAAUCAAAAGAUAUAAAACUUGCAGCAACAACAAAAACAACUGGGACGAGAAGGAAUAUAAUAUAGCUCUCAGGCAAUACCACCAACAACAGCAACAACAAAACCGAAGCUGAAGGAGGAAAAACUUGGUUUUCUGAGUUGGACUAAUUCUUUUUUUCUUCACUUCUUCAUCCAUAGUACACAAAAAACCUUGAUUGCUCCUAACUAAAAGAAUAAAUAAUAAUUGCUUCCCAAAAUGGUGAUAGGUGAUACAGAUGGUGCUGCGGUACCGGAAGGCGUCAAUACAUUGGCGCAUCCCUCCGGCAUUCCGCAAGACAAAAUUGACAAUAUAAUGAGUGGCAUAAGUAAUACAGGUGCUGUUAAAAUGAAUAAUCACAGAAAGAAAUUGCGACAAAGAUUUGAUAUAAUUAAAAAACUUGGCCAAGGUACAUAUGGAAAAGUUCAGUUGGGUAUUAAUAAAGAAACUGGACAAGAAGUUGCAAUUAAGACAAUAAAAAAAUGUAAAAUAGAAGCCGAAGCUGAUCUUGUACGUAUUCGUAGGGAAGUUCAAAUUAUGAGCUCGGUACAGCAUCCAAAUAUUAUACACAUUUAUGAAGUUUUUGAAAACCGCGAAAAAAUGGUUCUAGUCAUGGAAUUUGCUGCAGGUGGAGAACUAUAUGAUUAUUUGUCAGAGCGUAAAGUCCUAAACGAAGAAGAAGCUCGUCGAAUAUUUCGCCAAGUAUCCACCGCUGUUUACUAUUGCCAUAAACAUAAAAUUUGUCAUCGUGAUUUAAAACUAGAAAAUAUUCUACUAGAUGAAAAUGGCAAUGCUAAGAUUGCUGAUUUUGGUUUAUCGAAUGUUUUCGAUGAACAACGACUCCUAUCAACAUUUUGUGGUUCACCAUUGUAUGCAUCGCCAGAAAUUGUCGAAGGAACACCAUAUCAAGGGCCUGAAGUGGAUUGUUGGUCUUUGGGUGUUCUAUUGUAUACACUGGUCUAUGGAUCAAUGCCAUUCGAUGGUUCAAAUUUUAAGCGACUUGUAAAGCAGAUAAGUCAAGGUGAUUACUAUGAACCAAAAAAGCCAUCUAGGGCUUCUUCUUUGAUCAGAGAAAUGUUGACAGUCUGUCCGAGGAAGCGAGCAACAAUUGAACAAAUUUGUAGUCAUUGGUGGGUCAAUGAAAAUGAUAACGUGUCAUGUUUGGAAUUAGCAGAGAAUCUAGCAAAUCAAACUCCCGUACGAUUGGAUGUCCUACUGUCACUCUCACCCCCCUCUGUGCACGCCGAACAAUUGGUUGUACCAAAUGCCGACACAAAUACCAAGGCCAAUGAAAGAGUUCCACGAAGCCAUUCGGUGGGUUCGAUAAGAGAUAUGGGAAACACAGAAGCAGAACGACGAAUCCUAGAUAUGGUUGCAGCUGGUGGAGAAGCUGCCCUUAUGCCGUCACCAACUCGCACAAUUACACCGGCGCAGAGUCCAGUUCAAGUCAAACGGAAACUUGUGACGACAGUUUCAACAGAAAGCGCCGCUGGUGCAGUCAAGAAAAAAGAACGUCCCAUGGAAGGUGUUACGGCUAAUAAUGAGGCCAUUGAGCCAGAGCCGCCCACAAAAAUGGAUGUAACUGAGAGUGUUGUUGAGACUGAAAGUAAUCAAGCACCGAUUACAGGAGGCGAGUAUUCCAUGCAAGACAUGAAGAUGGUUGAGAAUUUGUGUGAUAAGUUGAUGCGCGACACACCUCCGCAAUCUCAAUCUCAAACCCAAAUUCCACCAACUUCGUUGCCGCAGUCAGUUCCUCCAGAACAACCUCAAACAUUAGCUCGACAAAAGACAGCUGCAAAAUUAGACGCCGUGACCGAAGCUGUUGAAGAAGCUCAUCCCGAGGAAAACACCGCAACAAAAGUUAUUAAAAAAUUCGUCAACAAACACAAAACUGCCGAUCUUGUGGCAGCUCUUAAUAAAAUUUCACCCGACAAGACUCCAGAUGAUGCAAUUAAAGCACAUGCAAUAUCGCACGUUCGCAAGAGUAGCCUCCCUGACGAGUCGCUUGGUAAAUUCGUUGCUGAUCGUCGAAAAUCACGUAUUCUCGAAACUGCCGAAAAGUUUCAAAACAUGGGAGGAUCAAAUAUUGAAAAACCAAAGAAUUUCUCAAUUUCCGGUGUUAGUGUGGGCAAUUUUAAGAAGGAAUUCGAAAGGAAAGCUUCUCUCACUAACGUACCAUCAUCGGCCGAACGUCGUGCACUCGAAAAACGUUCCGAAUCGGUUACUAAAGAUCAAACAGCUGAAACCCCAAAUGCCUCGAAGAAAGAAUCAUCUAAACUACCAUCAGAGAUUGCGUCUUCUGAAGCAAAUAAGUCACAACCACUAUCCCCAAGCAAUUCGGUGGAGGAAAGUGGCUCAAAGAAUUCUAUCACAAAUUUCUCACUAGAAGAAGCAAGACGAUCAAUGGAGAACUCAAUUGCAUUACUAAAACAGGCUCAAAACGAAUCAUCCAAAGAAGUAGACCAGUUGUGUGCGAAAACGGAGAACGUUGCUGUUUCCGAUGAUCAUUUGACUGAACGUGAAAGGAAACUUAAGAAUGCCCGAGCAAUCAUUGGCAAUGCAAUACAACCAGGUAUACGCAGGCCAUCUCUGUUCGGAAUGGGUGGUGGCCGUUCGAUAUCGGGCAGUGCUGUCAUACCCGAUACACGACAAAUUCGGCUUGGUUCUGCUGGCCGAUUUGAGUUACCCAUGUCGUCAACGACGACGUACUCAGGUUUUAAAACAUCUCCCACAAUGGGUGAACCACCGCAACAACCUCAACCACCAGGCACUGUUAAAACUUCACGUGCUGAAAUUACCCUUAAAUCAGCAACACUCCCGCGACGUAAACCAACAGCAAAGACCGAAAUUCAAUUGGAUAUUAAACCAAGAAUUGUUGAACAAUCACCAAUGCGUUUUACCACCGAAAUGCAACAUCCAAUACCCGACUUACGAAGUGCACCGAUUCGUGAGGGACCAUACAGUCCAUUGUCAACAUCCAUUCAUCAAAGAGCCACAAGUUUGGAACCAACAAGAGAACAAUCCAGAGAACAUAUUAUACCGAUACAAAGACCUCCGGUUUAUACUCGAACAAGUUCCAAUACUACAACAAGAUCAGGAUCAUUGUCGAGACAGUCGACUCUCGAGUCUGAGUCUGAUAUUACUUCAGCAAAUCAGUCACAAUCAACAAUUACUGGUUCAUCACAGCCGAUUAAGAAAAGUCCUCGUGAGUUUAUUAUACCAAUUGCAGUGGAAGGUGGUGGUUAUAUAACACCCAGGGCAGGUAGCAUUGAACCAUCGGAAUCAAGCCAGACUACGACGAGUGGAUCUACAUUCAGUCGCAUCAGACCCAGACGUAUUGGGCUACUAUCAGAGGCGGACGAAGAAAACCUUCAAUUCCCUAAAAUCAGAACGGCUUCGAUUACUAGGGAUGGAGAAGAUGAGCCACGUUUUACCCUUCAUCGACUAAGAAGUUCACGCCCAGUAAAGAAACCCAGUCAAGAAAACGAUUCACAAAGCUCCGGGGAAGAAGAUGACGAUGAUGGUUUUGAAAUUCUUACAGCAGAGAAUCUAUUUUCAACUCUCUUACAACGAGUCCGAGCUUUAACAAAUCGACUGAACGUGAACAAUGACUUUACAUCUGGAUUUCCAAAUUCAAGCCGUUUACUGAGCAAUAUGCGACAAAAUCAAAGUCCAUUUUGGAAUCAAGAGCCAUUCGCAAGCCAUAGGUCCCAAUUUAAUUAUUCAUACACAAGUGAAACCGUCGAAGAAACGAAGCAUACUCGAUUAACUGGCCCAAGUAACGUCGGAGCACCAUGGCGUCAUAGUAUGUCUCGAGAUCUGGGUAACGAUAUGGAAUCAAUGUUUUCUCGAACUGGCGCAACAUUGCCUAGAGUGGGGUAACGCGUGUCCCAAAAUCGCAUGCUCAAAUAUCACAGACCCCUUCUUUAAAAAAAACUACAACACACGUCCAACAUAAAGUUAAACAAUAAAGUUUAAACAAUAUUAUGUACCACACCAAGGAUAUACUUUAUUAUAUUUGCAGUUUUUAUUGUUUUUCUUCAAUUUUUUGACUAAUUUAAAAACAAAACUACAUUGUUAAUGUAUUUAAAAAAAAUAAUAAUUUUGUAUGUUCGAAACCACACGAACAAAAUAUUAAAAAAAAAAAACAAAAAUAAAUAGUUAUUAAAAUUUCACAAUAAUACUAAAUAAAUAUUAUACUAACGGCCACUCUUUAACAUUCACCACGAGAAAAUUUUGCUUCUACUAUGAGCAGUUACAAAAUUUCUUAGCACGUGAGUUCAUUUUGUUGUUAUUAAUUUUGUUAUUUAUUAUAAUUUUUUUUUAAUUAAAUAAAGUUUACAAUUUAUAAAUAAAACAAAAAUAAACAACUAAUUUACAUUA